AAGUCGCCAAUCAGAGUUAGUACCUUGCUAGUUGCUUCAAGGUCCAGACAUGUUCAGCUACAAACCUCUUACGUCCGAGCUAGCGAAAGCAGUCCAGGUACCGCUGAACGGUCCACUAGUGGAAGUCCACCUAAACGACGCUUCGGAUCUUCCCAGACGAGACGAUAAUCAAUCAACACCCCCGGCACAUUGUGUGCUAAAUGAGCACUAUCAACAUUCGGCUGAACGAAUACGAAACCUUACCGUUUACGCGGAUGAUCUAUGGAUCGUAACGGCUCCGAAAUGUGGAACUACGUGGACGCAGGAAAUGAUGUGGUUGCUGGAUCACAAUCUCAACUAUCAAAAGGCGUUCGAAAUCAAUCUUAUCGAUCGAUCAAUCUUUCUCGAAUUAUGCGCCCUAGUGCCAUCACUCGAUCAAGACACCAUUACGCUGGUGGAGCAGAUGGCACGACCCCGGCACAUCAAAAGCCAUCUACCGAUGGCACUGCUACCGAAACAGCUGUGGACGAUAAGACCGCGGAUCGUGUACUGUGCACGCAAUCCAAAGGAUAUGGUAACUAGCUUCUUCCAUCACUAUCGACACAUGCACGGAUACGACGGUACAAGGGAAACUUUUCUCGAGGCAAUCCUACAUGAUGUAGUCAUGUUCCAGCCCCAAAUUCCGCACACGCUAGAUUUUUGGAGCAUACGCAAUGAACCAAACAUACUUUUCAUACACUUUGAAGAGAUGAAACGGAAUAUGGCGGAGGUACUUGAGAGGGCUUGCAAGUUCCUCGGUAAAUCAUACACACAGCCGCAGCUCCAACGUCUCGAAGAUCAUCUAUCCUUCGAUGUUAUGAAGAAGAAUGAUUCGGCUAACAACUCCAUACUACUAAAAUUGAUGAAGUCUAUCUCGGACACAGAGACGAAAGAUAAUUUUCAAUUUAUGAGAAAAGGACAGGUUGGAUCCCACCGUGAAGAGCUUUCCAGCGAAUAUAUUCAACGACUUAACGCCUACAUUGAAAGACACUUAAGAGGCAGCAGCUUUAAAUUCAUCGAGUAAAUAA